GACCGGCCGACCCACCCCGAGCCGCCGGCGGCCGCCCCCCUCCCCGAGGGAUUGCCAAAAUGAAUUGGCUGUCCUAACUGAAAACAAAGAAAGCAGUUCAGAACAGAUUCAAGAGCAGGUGAAACAGCAAGAAGGAAUCUGUGCCAAUGCAGCAACAAAAAAGACAACCAGAGUUAGUGGAGGGAAAUCUUCCCGUUUUUGUGUUUCCUACUGAGCUUAUAUUUUAUGCAGAUGACCAGUCAACCCACAAGCAAGUGUUGACUCUUUAUAACCCCUAUGAAUUUGCCUUAAAGUUCAAAGUUCUAUGUACAACUCCAAACAAGUAUGUGGUGGUUGAUGCUGCAGGUGCAGUAAAGCCCCAGUGCUGUGUGGAUAUUGUGAUUCGCCAUAGAGAUAUUCGGUCCUGUCAUUAUGAUGUGAUAGACAAAUUCCGACUUCAAGUUUCUGAACAAAGCCAGAGGAAGGCUUUGGGUCGGAAAGAGGUUAUUGCUACCCUUCUUCCAUCUGCAAAAGAACAGCAAAAAGAAGAGGAGGAAAAAAGGAUAAAGGAACACUUGACAGACAGUGUCUUUUUUGAGCAGAGUUUGUGUCAACCAGAAAAUAGAAUCGUCUCAUCAGGACCUAGUUUACUAACAGUCUUCCUGGGAAUCGUGUGUAUUGCAGCUCUAAUGCUACCCACCCUGGGGGAAGUAGACUCUCUAGUGCCUCUCUACCUCCAUUUAAGUGUGAAUCAAAAAUUAGUAGCUGCUUAUGUUUUAGGUUUAAUCACAAUGGUUAUCCUUAGAACAUGAGCAAGGAUUUAAUUGGACUUCUGAAAUUUCACCUUGUAUAUUUACAUCAUGAUUGUGGACUGCCCUCCCUUCAACCUCCCAGAUUUGGCUUCUUAGUAUGUUCCAGAAAAAAAAAAUUACAAUUCAAAUACAUGCUAAAGUGUAAUAUGUUAUAAUUUUAUGUGUAACAUUGAAGGACUCAAGCACAUUAUUAGGUGCUUAUGUUACUGUCGGCUAUGAUACUUUGUUUCGUGACUCCUGUGAAAUGAUUUGAAGAAAUUGUCUUUUUAUAGCUGCACCUACUGUACAAAAAACUUUUAUUAAAGCCACAUUUAUUAUUUUAUCA